AUCCCGUUGAGCGAAGGCGAAGGGAAAAGCGAACGCAAUCUCUCCUCCUUCGAACUGCCGUCCGCCAACUGCCCCUCUAAAGCCCUUAGCCUUGAGGGAUCGCCUUUGCAUCACCCACUUACGCUAAUUCUUCUUCCUUCCGCUCGAUUAGAUUAAACUAGUCGAACUUCCCCAGGGUCACCUCUCCAUUGCUACCCCACAUCCGUCAUAAUUCCCCGUCAACCCCGUCUGUGUUAGGUCGGCGAACUCGGCGAACUCGCGUCUUGGCUGGUUAGUCACCAGACAAUGCCGCAUCACCCGAACGCCACGGCCGACGAGCCGGCAGCGGAGAAGAACCCUACAUCCGACUCCGUUCGACCACCUGUCGGCCCGGUAUUGUCGAGCCCCACGGAUAGUGCCGCUGUUACACGGUGGUUAGAGUCACAGCCAGAUAUCGAUGCCCAAUUCUACGAGUUAGACUCGGCGUUGGGCGAUGAUGCUAUGAGUUCGACGGCCUCGCUGUCGGCCAGCAUCCUCGAGUACCGCACGAUCCAUGGACGGAGAUUUCACAGCCAGAGGGGAAACACAGACUACUGGGGACCCAACGAUGAAAUACAAGCAAAUUCCAUGGAUCUCUCCCACCACACGCUUACGCUCUUAUUUGGUGACAAAUUGUUCCUCGCCCCCAUCGGCGACGACCCGAAGAGGGUGCUCGACGUCGGAUGCGGAACAGGACUCUGGACAAUAGACUUCGCCGACGCCUUCCAAGAGUGCGAGGUGAUCGGGACGGACAUCUCGCCGACGCAGCCGUUCUGGGUGCCCGUGAACCUGCGGUUCGAGAUCGACGACUGCACGGCGUCGCCGUGGACGUACGCGCCGCGCUCCUUCGACUUCGUGCACGUGCGGUACCUGUUCGGCGCGAUCCGGGACUGGGACGCGCUGUACGCGGAGGUCUACCGGGCGCUGCGCCCGGGCGGCUGGGCCGAGUCCGUCGAGCCGUCGACGUACGUGCGCAGCGACGACGGCUCCAUCCUCGCCGACGACGGCUCCGCCCUCUCCGAGUGGGCCACCCUGCUCACCGAGGCCGCCCGCAAGUACGGCGCCCGCUCCUACGAGGGGCCGCGGCCCAUGAACAUGGUCGAGGACGGCAUCAUCGUCAAGUCCUUCCACCGCGCCGGCUUCACCGACAUCGUCAUGAAGAGCUACAAGUGCCCGCUCACCCCCUUCUCCCAGGACCCGCACCUGAAGGAGGUCGGCCUGUACGCGAGGUCUGCCAUGGAGGAGGGCAUGGAGGGUUUCGUCCUGUACCUCUUCACCAACGGCCUGGGCUGGUCUCGCGAACAAGUGACCCUGUACCUGCACCGCGUGCGCCAGGAGCUGCGCGACACGCGAAAGUCGCCGUACAUAGAGGUCCAGGUCGUGUAUGGGCGGAAGCCCGAAACGGCCAUCUAAUUGAUUGCCUAUCUAAGACGACAUCCAUAUCCAUCCGAGAAGGAACAGGGAAAAUGGACGAGUAACUGGGCAAAAUGCGCUAGGAAAUCGUACCGAGAAUUAGGUAUAUAUUCGGUAUCGGAUAUAUAUAUAUAUACCUAGACUUCGAACAUAAUAUCUUGCAUCUAGCGUUGCAUAUAGUUGGCUGUAAGGGCUAGUGUGUUGCAAAGGUUAAAAAUUUAGUGCACCUACCUACUUAUUACCUAUAUCUAUAAUAUUAUAAAGGGGCAAGCUGCCCCCUAAUUCUUUGUAGCGGAGUAAAGCCCAUCAACGUCAUAUAAGCCGAGUUCUAUUUUUAUAGUGAUUACG